CGCCGCUCGAUUUCCGUAAUUUUGAGAAGAUUUUUUUUUAGUAAUUUUUUAUUCUGCCCCAGCUGAUGUUUGAGCCAGCAUGUCGCGGAGGAAGCAAGCGAAGCCUCAACAUUUCCAAUCCGACCCCGAAGUGGCCUCGCUCCCCCGGCGAGAUGGAGACACAGAGAAGGGUCAACCAAGUCGCCCCACGAAGAGCAAAGACGCCCACGUCUGUGGCCGGUGCUGUGCCGAGUUCUUUGAAUUAUCCGAUCUUCUGCUCCACAAGAAGAACUGCACUAAAAACCAAUUAGUUUUGAUCGUCAGUGAGAAUCCAGCCACCCCACCCAAAACCUUCUCUCCUAGUCCCCCUCCUGAGAAUCCUGAAGAACAAAUGAAAGACCCCAUGAAGAAAACGGAUCAAGUAGACUGCAAUGACCUUUCAGAACACAAGGGACUUGACGGGGAAGAGUCCAUGGAGGUGGAGGCUCCGGUUGCCCCCAGUAGCGACAACAGCACAUUGAACAGCGUCACCAACAACAACCCCCCAAGCUGCCACAGCGGCUCCUCCACAGGUACCUCAGCCAUCACAACCUCUCUACCUCAGCUCGGGGACCUGACAACACUGGGCAACUUCUCUGUGAUCAACAGCAACGUCAUCAUUGAGAACCUCCAGAGCACCAAGGUGGCUGUGGCCCAGUUCUCCCAGGAAGCGAGGUGUGGCAGUGGCAGCGCCGGGGGCUCUGGAGGCCAGCGGGCUGUGCCAGCCCUCAUGGAACAGCUGUUAGCUCUACAGCAGCAGCAGAUUCACCAGCUGCAGCUGAUCGAACAGAUUCGUCACCAAAUACUGCUGUUGGCUUCUCAGAAUGCAGACUCACCCACCUCUUCCAGCCCUUCCCAAGGUACUUUACGAACAUCUGCCAACCCCUUGUCCACGCUAAGUUCCCAUUUAUCUCAGCAGCUGGCGGCAGCAGCUGGAUUAGCACAGAGCCUCGCUAGCCAAUCUGCCAGCAUUAGCGGUGUGAAACAGCUACCCCCAAUCCAGCUACCUCAGAGCAGCUCCAGCAACACCAUCCUUCCAUCCAACAAUGGCACUUCUCCCAAUAUAAACAUAUUGGCGGCGACAGUCACCACCCCGUCCUCGGAAAAAGUGGCUUCCAGUGCUGGUGCCUCCCACGUCAGCUCCCCAGCAGUCUUAGCGUCAUCCUCACCAGCGUUUGCAAUAAGCAGUUUAUUAAGUCCUGCAUCUAAUCCACUUCUACCUCAGCCGACCCCUGCUAACGUGGUUUUCCCCAGCCCUUUGCCCAACAUUGGAACAACCGCAGAGGAUUUAAACUCCUUGUCUGCCUUGGCCCAGCAAAGAAAAAGCAAGCCACCAAAUGUCACUGCCUUCGAGGCAAAAAGUACAUCGGAUGAGGCGUUCUUCAAACACAAGUGCAGGUUCUGCGCAAAGGUCUUUGGGAGCGACAGUGCCUUGCAGAUCCACUUGCGUUCCCACACCGGAGAGAGGCCAUUCAAGUGCAACAUCUGUGGCAACAGGUUCUCCACCAAGGGCAACCUCAAGGUCCACUUUCAGCGCCACAAAGAGAAGUACCCCCACAUCCAGAUGAACCCCUACCCUGUGCCUGAGCACUUGGACAACAUCCCCACGAGCACUGGCAUCCCCUAUGGCAUGUCCAUCCCUCCAGAGAAGCCAGUCACCAGCUGGCUGGACACCAAACCCGUCCUGCCCACUCUCACCACUUCCGUUGGCCUGCCCUUGCCCCCCACUCUCCCCAGCCUCACAGCCUUCAUCAAGACGGAAGAGCCAGCCCCCAUUCCCAUCAGCCAUUCUGCUGCCAGCCCCCCGGGCUCGGUCAAGAGUGACUCCGGGGUCCCCGAUCUGGCCACAAGAAACCUGGGUGGGCUUCCAGAGGAAGCCGAGGGGUCCACUCUGCCACCUCCUGGUGGCAAAAGCGAAGACGGUGGCACAGCUACCAGCUCGGUCCCAACAGCAAACAGUAACCCCCUGAGCUCCCCAGCGGCCGACUGCGGCCCAGGAGGGACCACUACCUUCACCAACCCCCUGUUGCCACUCAUGUCUGAGCAGUUCAAGGCCAAGUUUCCUUUUGGGGGACUUUUAGACUCUGCCCAGGCAUCAGAGACAUCCAAACUGCAGCAGCUGGUAGAAAACAUUGACAAGAAGGCCACUGACCCCAAUGAGUGCAUCAUCUGCCACCGGGUUCUGAGCUGUCAGAGCGCCUUGAAAAUGCACUACCGGACACACACUGGGGAGAGGCCCUUUAAGUGUAAGAUCUGUGGCCGGGCUUUUACCACAAAAGGGAACCUAAAGACCCACUACAGUGUCCACCGGGCCAUGCCCCCACUCCGAGUCCAGCAUUCCUGCCCCAUCUGCCAGAAGAAGUUCACCAACGCUGUGGUCCUUCAGCAGCAUAUCCGCAUGCACAUGGGAGGCCAGAUCCCCAACACCCCUGUCCCCGACAGCUACCCUGAGUCCAUGGAGUCCGACACAGGCUCCUUCGAGGAGAAGAAUUUUGAUGACCUGGACAACUUCUCGGAUGAGAACAUGGAAGACUGCCCUGAGGGUAGCAUCCCAGACACACCCAAGUCGGCAGAUGCAUCCCAAGACAGCUUAUCUUCUUCGCCCUUGCCCCUCGAGAUGUCAAGCAUUGCUGCUUUGGAAAAUCAGAUGAAAAUGAUCAAUGCUGGCCUGGCUGAGCAGCUGCAGGCCAGCCUGAAGUCGGUGGAGAAUGGAUCUGUCGAGGGGGAUGUGCUGACCAACGAUUCGUCCUCGGUGGGUGGUGAUAUGGAGAGCCAAAGUGCCGGCAGCCCAGCCAUCUCAGAGUCUACCUCUUCUAUGCAGGCUCUGUCCCCGUCCAACAGCACCCAGGAGUUCCACAAGUCCCCCAGCACUGAGGAGAAGCCACAGAGAGUGGGACCGAGCGAGUUUGCCAACGGUUUGUCUCCCACCCCUGUGAACGGGGGCGCUUUGGAUUUGACCUCCAGUCAUGCAGAGAAAAUCAUCAAAGAAGAUUCUUUGGGAAUCCUCUUCCCUUUCAGAGACCGGGGUAAAUUUAAAAACACUGCUUGUGACAUUUGUGGCAAAACCUUUGCUUGUCAGAGUGCCUUGGACAUUCACUAUCGAAGUCAUACCAAAGAGAGACCAUUUAUUUGCACAGUUUGCAAUCGUGGCUUUUCCACAAAGGGUAAUUUGAAGCAGCACAUGUUGACACAUCAGAUGCGAGAUCUACCAUCCCAGCUCUUUGAGCCCAGUUCCAACCUUGGCCCUAAUCAGAACUCUGCAGUGAUUCCCGCCAACUCCUUGUCAUCUCUCAUCAAGACGGAGGUCAACGGCUUUGUGCAUGUUUCUCCUCAGGACAGUAAGGACACCCCCACUAGUCACGUCCCUUCAGGGCCUCUGUCAUCCUCUGCCACAUCCCCAGUUCUCCUUCCAGCUCUGCCCCGAAGAACUCCCAAACAACACUAUUGUAACACAUGUGGCAAAACAUUCUCCUCUUCAAGUGCCCUGCAGAUCCACGAGAGAACGCACACUGGAGAGAAGCCCUUUGCUUGCACUAUUUGUGGAAGAGCAUUCACUACAAAAGGCAAUCUUAAGGUCCACAUGGGCACUCACAUGUGGAACAGCACCCCGGCCAGGCGGGGCCGCCGGCUCUCCGUGGAUGGCCCCAUGUCAUUUCUAGGAGGCAAUCCUGUCAAGUUCCCAGAAAUGUUCCAGAAGGAUUUGGCGACGAGGUCAGGAAGUGGGGAUCCUUCCAGUUUCUGGAAUCAGUAUACGGCAGCACUCUCCAACGGGCUGGCCAUGAAAGCCAACGAGAUCUCUGUCAUUCAGAAUGGUGGCAUUCCUCCAAUUCCUGGAAGCCUGGGCAGCGGGAGCAGCUCACCUAUUAGUGGGUUGACAGGAAACUUGGAGAAGCUCCAGAACUCCGAGCCCAGUGCUCCUCUGGCCGGCCUGGAGAAAAUGACGAGCAGUGAGAAUGGAACCAACUUCCGCUUCACCCGCUUUGUGGAAGACAGCAAAGAGAUCGUGACUAGUUAAAAGCACCAACACCCUAGAGACAUGCCAUUCCUGUUCAGAAUGUGACCUAUGGUUGCCUCCUAAGUCCCUGCCCCAUCCCCUUCCUACCUUCUGAUUCCCCCUGGUCUAUGAACUACAACAUUAUGAAGACAUUCUUUUGUACGUUGUUCAACUUCUAGAAUUCUAAGAAAGCUUAUUUAUUAGUGAUAUAACCUUGCUUUGCAAACAGAAUGCAGGCAUUAACUUUGGUCUUCUGUAUUUUGGACUAAAUACUAAAUACUAAUUGACUAGAGUGCUGUAAACUUGCUGUAACAUUUAUGGCAAUUGCAAGUUGCCCUGCUAAGCGGUCUUAAUCUGGCAUUAACUUAUUUUCUAUACCCAGUUUAAUAUGAAUCUGGUGUUGAUGCAAUGCCUCCGUGAUGCAUUAGGUCUCUAAUAAAGUCUGUAUAUAAAUGUACACUUUGAUCCUGCUGGAAACUUUUAUCAGCAAACACAUUGUCUAAUCUUUCAAAACAGAUUCAAGGAAAGGACUGAAAGUACAGACAGAUCAGUGUGGUUCUCUGAACGGUUUGGGGGUGGGGAUGGGUUUUGGUUGCGUUUUUGUUGGGGGUUUUGGGGGUUUAUUAUUUUUUCCCAUUUUUAUUCUAAACUUCAGCCUGUAUUUUUUUGUUUGUUUGUUUUGUAGAUUUAACCAUUUCCGUUUGGAACUGCUCUUUGUAUUGUGCUUUUUACUUGAGUCGUCCUUGAUGUUAAUAAGUUUCUGUACAGUAAUAAGCACGCAGAAUUCUUUAGAGAAAAGAAAGAAAAAAGAAAAAAAAUGUUGUUUUGGUAGUUGAAACUGAGACGUAACAUUUUGCCUUGUAGGUAUGUUCACAAUAGAAAAUGUGUGCUGGAAUUUCACAAUGCUGCUAAGUAUAGCAUCUUGAACAACCUUCCGUGGAGAAAAUGUAGAUGCUCUUGUAUAUACAGUAAGAAAUAUCACUUUCAUUAAAAUGUACAUAUGUUCCUUACAAGAGCAAAUGUUCUUCUUGAUCAAGAGAGCAGGUAUAGUGUUUGUUUAUUUUGUAUUAGGUAUGAGAGAAAAAGAUUGGACUUGUUACAUGCACUUUCUUGGAAAGUUGAAAGGAAGGGGGUCCGAUUUCUUUAACAUUUAAUACUUACUAACAACAGAGAUACUGUAAUUUUACUCAAGUAAUCAAAUACAUUUUUUUUGCAAGAGAUAAAA